AUGAACAGCAGCAACGCCACUGAGAGCCAUGUGGAUGACGUCCUGCACAUGGCAGGCAUUGACCGCCGUGCCCAGGAAUACCUGCCCGUGCUGGCGGGCAUCGCUGGCUCCACCCUCGUGCUUGGAACAGCCAUCCUGCAGAUCGCAACGUGGCGGAGCUUCCGAAAAGCUGAACCCGAGCACGCCCGGCUCCCGGAGCCCGAGGCUCUGGGUGCCGCAACUACCGGCACCAGCACCAGCGACGUGCACCUUACCAUGCCUUCCACCCAGCAGAGCACACCAUCACCCGUCCCGGUGUCGUCACAGCGCAGAUUCCGCCAGGUUCUGGCCGUCUUCUCCUGCACAGUCGGUCUAUGCUUGGGCGUCACAGUGGCGGGCAUUGUCGACAGCAGCUUGUCGAAGGAGACCGGGUUGUUGUGGGAGUCCUACGUGAUACUCCUGUCAGCUGCGUGCUUGUGGAUGCUUGCGCAGGCCUCAGUGGCAGCAUUCGUCCUGGAGCCCGGACGAGGAUACGCCCAGACGGCCUUUGCAGAGGCGAUGUUCUCCGGCGUGUGCCCUUUCGUAUCUGACUCCUUCGACACGUUAAAGGAUGUGCUCUUUGGAGGUCUGUGCUUACAGUCGACAAAAGUCGGCCUGCACGUAGUUGGCUGGCUGAGCUGGGUGUACCUGAUCAUAUUUCACCUGUGCCUCAUGUGGCUGGACCGUUUUUUACCGGAUUUGGCAGCGAGCCAUUUGUCAGUCUUUUCAAUCGCCACCAUCGGAGCUUCCUCUCCUAAGUCCAAUCUAAGCUGGUCAGAGAAGCUGAAGGUGCUGCUCGCGAAGCAGCUCACCCCGACGAAACGCUGGAUGCUGCUCGUCGAAAACGUCCCACAAGCGGUGCUCGCAGUCAUCUACUUGGCCGUCGAAGGCGGCAGCGUGCUGGUGGGACUGCUGAACCUCGGAGUUCCAGCCGCCCAAGUCCUUACGUCUUUCUUCAUCUUCCCCAGGCUCCAGAGGGGCCUGGCCAAGUUCUACGGCCAACGGCUAGACUCGGCCAUCCAAGAUGGCGACCCGACCCUUGCGCGUAAACUGGGUACCGAGAUGGAUUUUGAAAGUAAGGAGCUCCUCUGGAAGAUUGCGAGAGAGAGCAGACUGCUGGAGCCCCUCAUCAGCGCCAGGUUUACACAACUGUCAGACAAUGGGCACGUUCUGGUGGAGGGCAGCGUGGAUGACUUGGCUCUGAGCAUUUGCAGGCAAUGCCUCAUGAGUGCCAUGAGUGAUCUAUUGCGACGAGCUACUCUUUGGUGGGAAGAUGAAGACCUGCGGGGCCAGGGCGGCCUCCUCGCGGCCGGCCUGAAUUUUGCCUCCCAAGUGCCCUGGAUUGAUCGGUUCUGGAUUAUUAACUGCGAGCUGCAAGCUGAGGACGCCGCCGCUCUUUUUCAGAACUUGGCAAGUGCGAAGCUCAGUCGCCUGGAGUUAGUGGGUCCUGACAAAGAAGGUCGUGGCAGCGCCCGCCUUGGGCAGGCCGGGGCGGAGGCGCUGGCCCGCGCGCUGCCCGACUGCAGCCGCGGCCUCGAAGUUCUGAAGCUGAUUCGCCUCCACAUCGGCGACAGCGAGGCCGCGAUUUUGGCCGGAGCCCUGCCCGGCAGCCACUUGCAGGUCCUGGAUUUGGAUUACAACGACAUCGGGGACGCGGGCGCCUUGGCCCUCGCAAAGGGGGUGCAGCAGAACGAGACCCUAGAGAGAUUGGUCAUCUCCGGCAUCAAGGUGGAGAAUGGAGGCGAGGGUCUGUUGGCCCUGCAGGAUACCUGCGAAAAGCGGCAACCGCCCGUGAGUCUCUGUUAG